GUGAUCGACAUUUUUUUUCGAAGCCCAGAGCUUAUGUUCAAAAUAUCUCAGUAACAUGGACAUUUUCGAUGGUUAUUAUUAUAAAAGUUGUAAAAGGUUUAUGUCAUUAUGUGGAUUGUGGCCUGAACAAAAUAACAAAAGUCGAUAUUUAAGGUUGAUUGUUUUCGUAAUCUUUAAUGCUUCAUUGGCGGUGCCACAGCUCAUUCUUUUAAUUCAACAGUUCGGAAAAGAUAUGGCAAUAACUUUUGAAAAUUCAGUUUCAGUUAUGUUUGCUUUAGGUGUAUUUGCGAAAUAUCUAGUUGCUUUUGUAAAUAAAAAGCGGCUUAGCUCACUGCUGGUGACCAUAGCCAAAGAUUGGCAAACGGUGACAGAUCGUAAGGAACGUGAAAUAUUAACUAAAAAUACUGCACAAGGUCGACUUUUACUAAUUAUCUAUACAUAUUAUAUACAUGGCGCAUGGGUAUUGUACACCCUCAUGCCCUUUCUACCCUUAGCAUUGGACUAUAUGCUACCUUUAAAUGACUCGCGCCCAGUAUUAAUGCCAUUUUAUGCAAAUUAUUUGUUCUUUGAACAAAGCGAUUAUCAUUAUUGGGCUUGUGGUCACAUUGCUGUAUCUUAUUUAGCACCACUUGUUCUAUUUUGUGGACUUGAUACAAUCUAUGUGAUAAGCGUCAAACAUACCUGUGGAUUAUUUGAAAUCGUAUGUCGCAGACUAGAGACUUUAUUAAAAAGUGAAAAGGGUCAACAAUUAAGUAAACUUCCAGAUAAUCCAGACCUAGUUAUGAAAUUAAGUGAAACGAUUCAAUUACACAAUGAUACUAUUGGAUGCUGCGAUUUACUAGAAAAUUCAUUUAAUUUGUGUUUUUUGAUGGUGAAUUGUAUGAGCGUGGUCACGAUAGCCUUGACUUGUGUAUAUAUACUUUUUGUUUAUAGUGAUUUGUUCAAAUUGAUACGGAUUGUUGCUUUCUUAGUUGGCUUAAUUAUGCAUUUAUUGUACUUGAACUGGGUUGGUCAACAAAUAAUUAAUAGCAGCGAACAGAUAUUUUAGUGACUGGUAUUUG